UUGGUGGAUACAGAAGAUGAGCUCAGUGACAUCCAGUCCGACUCUGUUCCCUCAGAAGUGCGCGACUGGCUGGCGUCAACUUUCACACGUCAGAUGGGGCUGAUGUUGAGACGGUCGGAGGAGAAGCCACGGUUUCGCAGCAUCGUGCAUGCGGUGCAAGCAGGGAUAUUUGUGGAAAGGAUGUACCGACGGACCUCCAACAUGGUGGGGCUGAGCUAUCCGCCCAGCGUGAUCACGGCCUUGAAGCAUGUGGACACAUGGUCGUUUGACGUCUUCACACUGAAUGAUGCCAGCGGAGAUCAUGCACUGAAAUUUAUUUUUUAUGAACUUCUCACCAGAUAUGACUUAAUCAAUCGCUUUAAGAUCCCUGUUUCUGCUCUGGUGUCUUUUGUGGAGGCCUUGGAGGUGGGCUACAGCAAACACAGAAACCCUUACCACAACCUAAUCCACGCCGCAGACGUCACCCAGACAGUGCAUUACCUCCUGCUCAAGACCGGCAUGGUUCACUGGUUAACCGAGUUGGAGAUCUUCGCUAUGCUGUUCGCCGCUGUUGUGCAUGAUUACGAACAUACCGGCACCACCAACAACUUCCACAUACAGACCAGAUCCGACACAGCCAUACUAUACAAUGACCGUGCUGUACAGGAAAACCACCAUGUGAGCGCUGCAUAUCGUCUUCUGCAGGAAGACGAUGAAAUGAACAUCCUCUACAAUUUGUCGAAAGAUGACUGGAGGUUAGAAACGUGGUGCAAAUUAGCACAAUAA